UGUUUUGUGAUAAGCGUUUCAUAAAACAUAUUGAAACUUGGCAUGAAUUUGCAUGCUAAUCUCUAUUGUAAAUACAUUUUAUUGAAAUGAGAUGUCGCAGCGGCUGCUGGUCACUGGUGGUGAUUAAAAUUGGAAAUUAGUUACAAACUCCGGGUCGACCAGAAAAGUUCAACGGCAGAAAUGAAAACGGAAAAAAUUGGCAUUGUGGGAAGUGGCCUAAUUGGCCGUGCCUGGUCCAUGUUGUUCACCUCUGCCGGCUAUCAGGUAAUGCUCUAUGACAUUUUGCCCGACCAGUUGUCCGCUGCUCUGGAGUACAUUGACAUUGAAUUGCAUCGCCUGGAGGAGCAUGGCCUGCUGCGAGGUCAUCUCACGGCAGAACAACAAUUCAAAUGCCUGCGAACCACCAGCGACCUCAAAGAGUUGUCGAGAAAAGCAAUUUUCAUCCAGGAAUGCAUACCGGAGCGCAUUGAAUGGAAGAGGUCAUUGUAUCAGCAGCUGGAUGACAUACUCGAGGAACAAACAAUUGUUUCCAGUUCGACGAGCACUUUUAUGCCAUCCUUGUUCACCGAAGGACUUCGGCAUUGUCACAAUAUGUUGGUGUCUCACCCCCUUAACCCUCCCUACUAUAUACCGCUGGUGGAGAUUGUUCCCGCCCCCUGGACCUCACCCCAGGCCGUUGAGUUCACCCGCCAGCUAAUGUUGGAAAUCCAACAAAAACCUGUCACCCUAAAACGUGAAGUCCUCGGCUUUGCCACCAAUCGCAUACAAUAUGCCAUACUCAAUGAAAUCUGGCAUCUGGUGGACAAGGACAUUCUGACGGUACGCGACAUUGAUACGGUCAUGAAUGAGGGUUUGGGUCUGCGCUAUGCCUUUUUGGGUCCCAUGGAAACGGCCCAUUUGAAUGCCGAAGGCAUUCGAGAUUAUAUACAACGUUUUGGCGGGGAGAUCCACAAGGUAUCGGAAACCUAUGAUGCCAUACCUAAGAUGGAGCCAGGACCCACUUUGGACAAGAUAGCCGAGCAGUGUGAAGAAAUGGUGCCCAGGGAUAUGUUGGCCACAAGGCGAAAAGAAAGGGAUGCGUUUUUGACAAAAUUGAGUGCUCUGAAGAAGGAAUUUGAAAAAUAAAAAAAGGUUACAGGAGGGUAAAAA